AUGAGCGACCUCGUUGAGACAGUUCCAGAGUCUCAGAUUUGCGAGAUGGCGCAACCUGUGGUGGCAGUAGAGGAUGGAGACAUUCCACCUACUCAGGAGGCGCCGCUCUUGAAGUGCAGCAAGUGCGGCCUUGAACUGACAUGUGAGACUCUUUCAGCCCCACAGUUCCAAAGGCAAAAGAAUCUGAGUUGCAAAAUCUGUCGUGGAGUCGCGGAAACUUUGCGCCGCAAUUUGGGAGAGUUUCCCAAAGAAUGGGAUUUGCUCAACCCAAGUGAACAAAUUGGGUUUUGGCGCCAGGCUGUGGCUUUGAAGCAGGAUGAGGGAGGUGUGCUUCGGUACAAGCUGCUGCGCUCUCUUCUUUGCCGUGUGAUUAGCAGCUCCACCAUACAUGAAAAAACUUCGGUUUGCGCGAACGAAUAUCGCCCGCUCAGCUAUUGGGAAAAACUCGGCUACUGCAGCGACGACAUCGAGGAAAAGGCCGACUCGAGGCCUUGUUCCAUUGUGGGCACGGUCUAUGCAGUACCAGUCCAUAUGAAUAGCGAGGCUGUCACUUACAAGCACAUCGAAGAGACAAUCCUGCGUUGUGAAAGGGAUUGCAAAAGAAGACAUGAGCCCAAAGAGAUUGUCCCGGCCCCACCCAAGAAAGCCAAAAAGGGAGAAAAGGUUGAAGCUCCAACUCCCAUUCCCUUGACAGAGAAGCAGCUUGAGCUGAAGGAGAAGUUGGUGGACCUCACGGACUUGCGCUCCGACUCCGAGGAUGAGGCAUUCACGGAUCAGAAAGCACACAACAAGCUGCUGGCAGAGCAGAAGAAAGCGGAAAGGAAAGAGGAAGCUGAGCGGAGGAAGCAAUGCAAGCAGGCCCAAAGAAAGAUUUUGGCACUGUCCAACAAGAUCAUGUUGGUGCUUCCGCCUCAGCUGGAAAAGUUCCAGAAGGUCGAGAAGAACAUCCUGGCUAAGGUCCAGAUCUCACAGGAAGCCAAGGCUGAGUUUCAGCAGGCCAAGGACUGCCUGGAAAAAUGGCUUGCACAAGCGCAGGAGAUCCUCAGGCGCACUGCUUCCUCCAAGCCCUACAGCUGGGAGGAUGUUGAUUUCGAGAAUGAGAAGGGCAUCACAGGUAAGGUGAAGGAGGGGAACCAAGCUGUGAAAAAGAUCCAUGACGAGAAGCUUUCAACGAACGGAUUGAACUUUGCGACGAACAUGUCGUUGUUGAGCAAAGCUGAGCUAGAACAAAGCCUGGCCAUAUUGCUGAAGGCCUACCCGCACCUUGCAGACGAAAGAGACUACGAGCUUGAAACGUGCAAGGAGAUUUGCUACUGGCUCCGCUUCAUGUACAAGGACAGCAAGAUGCAUAGUCAAGGCUUGGCUCUGGCCUGCGCUACCUUGGCGACUUGGCGCACUAUGUUGGCUGGCGGCUCUUGCCCAGAGACAAUUUCAUGGAAGGCUUACCAGCUCUUCGACCGCAAUGCCAGUCCUAUGACCAUGGUGUGGAAAGUGAAGACAGAAGAUCUUCCUCAUGCCCAAAUCGAGUUGAAAGUCGCUGAAAUGCAAGGAACCCUUGCAUGGCUGGAAGGCAAAAUCGAUGUUGGUGGCAGGAUAGAGGCUUCCCUUGCCGUGGCCUAUGUGUGCAUUGCAGAUGCUAUCCCGCAGCUCACUGCCUUUCUGAAUGCCACCUACGAGACGGGCCGGCUUCGCUAUUGA